CCAGAACAACAACCUGGACUGGUUCCCCCGGAUGCAGGCCAUGUCCCUGGUGGUGACGGACAGCGACGGCGAGCAGAACGAGAUGAGGAUGCUGCAGGACAAGCUGGGGGCGACCAUGAAGGUGGUGCUGACCCUCAGCACGCAGCUGACGGAGCUCAAAGAGCAGAUGACCGAGCAGAGGAAGCGGAGACAGAGGAUGGGGUUUGCUGACGUCCAAUCAGGAGCCAGCCAGUCGCUGCCUCCAAGCGCCGCCGGAGGAAACCACCAGAUCUACAAAUCAUGAAGACCACGUCCCCCACUGGGACCCGUCCAGCUGGACGGAGACGCCGGUCCUAAGGAGACAUCUUCUACGUGUUCAUAAAAAGAAAAACACUAGGGGACAGCUACGAUAUGUCUCUCACUGAAGCACACGUUCUGUCCUUUACGUUGAAUGUCCAGAGAGAACUUUAGUCCCCGAUGGACACCACGACUUCAUCAGAAUAACACAUUAGCAUCUCAGCUAAAGUUAGCAUGGUUUAUUUAAAUGAGA